UUUGCUCUUUUUCUAGCUUCUUGUGAACCCCAUUAAAAACAGCAAGCCAUUCUCACGCACUAACACUUCUGAGUUCCCUCCCAAUUAAUCCGUCAGACUAUCAGCUUCCGCAAUUGCCGCACUGAAAAUAGAGAGAAGAACAAGGAAAGCGACUCCAGAGACAACGCAACAAAAGAGAAGCUUCAUUCUGAACUAUAUAAGCCUGCGAAAUUUUUUAGAAUUUUUUCCCAAUGCAGAAUUCAAAACUGAGCUUGACCCACGUCAAGAUUCUGCAGAAUAUGAACUGGGUCGAGCUUAGUUUCAACUGAGAGCCACCAGCCACUCGGACACGUGGCAGUCAGUCGCUCAUGGGCUGUGUUACUUCCAAGCAGGCGGUAUCGGUGACGCCGGCAUUUGAUCAUUCCGGGGUACUCCGGGAGAAUGGAGCCGGAGGAAUUGGAGGAGGGGCGUUCGGGUCGGGUCGGAGCAGGGUGGGGAGUGGGGGGUUGGGAUUGGGUUUGGAGAUGGAUUUGAAGAAGGUGAAGAAGAGAGGAUCGACUGAGUCAGGAGGAGGAGGGAGCGAGUUGGGUGAGUCAGGGAGGGCGAGUUCGAAUGGUGGGACCGGGACCGGGACAGGGACAGGGACAGGGACAGGGAGUGAGUCAGUGAGUUUUAGAUUGGGGAAUCUGCAGAAGUACGUGGAAGGAGAACAAGUGGCGGCUGGCUGGCCGGCUUGGCUCAGUGCUGUUGCUGGCGAAGCCAUUCAUGGUUGGGUGCCCCUCAGAGCCGAGUCCUUUGAGAAGCUUGAAAAGAUCGGUCAGGGUACAUAUAGCAGCGUGUUUCGAGCUCGUGAUCUAGAAACUGGGAAGAUUGUUGCUUUGAAGAAGGUGCGGUUUGACAAUUUUGAGCCAGAAAGUGUUCGGUUUAUGGCUAGAGAAAUUAUGAUUCUUCGCAGGCUUGACCAUCCAAACGUCAUCAAAUUGGAGGGGCUAAUUACUUCCCGGUUAUCAUGUAGCAUGUAUCUUGUUUUUGAGUAUAUGGAACAUGACAUUGCAGGAUUGUUAUCUAGCCCUGACAUCAAGUUCAGUGAAGCCCAGGUUAAAUGUUACCUGAAGCAAUUAUUAUCAGGACUAGAACAUUGUCAUUCACGAGGAGUAAUGCACCGGGAUAUCAAAGGUGCUAAUCUUUUGGUAAAUAACGACGGUGUCCUAAAAAUUGCUGAUUUUGGAUUGGCGAAUUUCUGUAACUUUGGCCAAAAGCAACCUCUUACUAGUCGAGUUGUCACUCUGUGGUAUCGUCCUCCAGAACUUCUGUUGGGUUCCACUGAUUAUGGAUCUUCUGUGGACCUCUGGAGUGUUGGCUGUGUAUUCGCUGAGCUUCUUGUUGGUAAACCUAUCCUGCAGGGAAGAACUGAGGUUGAACAGUUGCACAAGAUUUUCAAGCUCUGUGGAUCCCCACCAGAUGAUUACUGGAAAAAGUCUAAACUUCCUCAUGCUACGCUAUUUAAACCACAACAUCCUUAUGAGAGCAGUCUCUGGGAGACCCUCAAAGAUCUCCCUAAAGCUGCUGUCAUACUGAUAGAAACUCUACUUUCAGUGGAACCAUACAAGCGGGGCACUGCUUCAGCAGCCGUUGCAGCUGAGUAUUUCAAAACGAAGCCUUAUGCAUGUGAUCCAUCAAGUUUGCCCAAGUACCCACCGAGCAAAGAGAUUGAUGCCAAACAUCGUGAAGAAGCAAGAAGGAAGAAGCCUGGUGGAAGAGCCCGUGGACCUGAAACAACAAAAAGGCUCACCAGAAAACAGAAUGGUUUUAGCAAAUUGGCACCUGAAGAGAAUUUACCUGUCCAACCACAAGGUGGUCACAAGAUUAGCGGCUAUAAUGCAAGUAAUUGUAAAGAAGGAGAUAUCGUUAUAGGUUUGGAGCCACCUAAGCCAUCAAAUGAUCUUAAGGAAGAGGCAUCUCAUGUGAAGCAUGCAUCUCAAGGCGAUGUUCCCUUUUCAGGCCCAUUACAAGUUUCAGGAUCAAGCGGCUUUGCAUGGGCAAAGAGACGAAUAGAUGAUUCUGUCAGAUCUCGCAGUAGGUCUAGUUCCAGAAGUCUUAUCUUUGAACCAUCAGGUGCAGUGCAGUUAAGGAAUAACUUGGAGUCAAAAAGGAAUGAAAACUCUGAGGCUUUAAAUGGACAUGGAACUAAUUUUAAGGGUCAUGAUUCCUAUGAAAGGUUAAAUCAUGUUAUGGUCAAAGAUUGGAGCCAAUUGGAACAUCCAGAUUCCUUUGAUGCUUCUGAUGGAUACCAUUCACAGGAACUAUCACUGGCACUUUAUCAGAAAGAGGACUUGGCUAUCAAGAGAAUUAGUUUGGUUUAUCAGGACCAAGGAGACAAAGUAGAAUUUUCAGGACCAUUGCUGUCUCAGUCACAAAGGGUUGAUGAACUAUUGGAGAAGCAUGAGCGUCAGAUCCGCCAGGCUGUUCGAAGGUCGUGGUUCCAAAGAGUUAAGAAACAAGGAAAGUGAUAAUAUGGCACACUGGAUUCUUGAAGAUUCUGGACAGAUCUAUCAUCACAACAAGAUAAACCCAGAAAAAAUUGGCUUGUGGAUGCCUUUGAUGUUGCCUAAAUCAAAACAGCAUCACUGAUUCUACUGGAACAAAUGGCCUUGAAGGGUAAAGGGUGAGAGGCAAUUAGGACAUAUUCUCUUCAGGAACAUGAAGAAACCAGAAAGGGCUUAGGGGAAUAUAUUAUCUUCUUGAUGCUGUCGCACAUCGUGUCAUGUCACCUUUUUUAUAAUAGGCCCUAAUUUAUACAAAUGAUGUCGAAUCUUUUGGCUGAUGUAUAGGUUAAUCACUAAUGGUGGUUCUGCAGAAGUCUGAGAUGAAUGUUUAUCGUUCUGAGCAAUCUCAUUCAACAUCUCUGUAUUACCUUCAUAGCUCCAAUGAUAAUUCUUUUGCUUCUAUUCGAGCUCAUGUUUCUUCAA